AUGACGGGUCCUCACUACGGGCUCGCCUUGAGAACCAUGACGGGUCCUCACUACGGGCACCCCUUGAGAACCAUGAUGGGUCCUCACUACCGGCUCCCCUUAAGAACCAUGACGGGUCCUCACUACGGGCUCGCCUUGAGAACCAUGACGGGUCCUCACUACGGGCUCCCCUUGAGAACCAUGAUGGGUCCUCACUACCGGCUCCCCUUAAGAGCCAUGACGGGUCCUCACUACGGGCUCGCCUUGAGAACCAUGACGGGUCCUCACUACGGGCUCCCCUUGAGAACCAUGAUGGGUCCUCACUACCGGCUCCCCUUAAGAGCCAUGACGGGUCCUCACUACGGGCUCGCCUUGAGAACCAUGAUGGGUCCUCACUACCGGCUCCCCUUAAGAGCCAUGACGGGUCCUCACUACGGAAUGGAAGGCGUCUUCUUCCUGCUGGCGCUGGUCGUCUGCGUCCACGGGACGUCUCAUUUGUCCUUUUCCAAUGACACAUCAGAGGUGGACGUCACUUUCUCCGACUGUGGAGUCCCUAAAUCGUGCAGGGCGAUCCCAGCCGGGUGCGACCCCGCCGGGCAGAGCGCGUGCCUGUUCGCCUCCGGCCGCCGCCCGGUGCCGCCGCCGCCCGUCGGCUUCGAGGUGACGAUCGAGCUCCGGGGAGACUCCGCCGGGUACAUCGCUCUGGGCUUCGCUGACACCCGCGGGGAGGGAAAUGUUGCGCUGUUCGUCUGCGCCUCAAACAACGGGACGUUCUUCUUCAGGACGCUGCAGGGCAACAACACCCCCAACGCGCCGCUCACGCCCACGGAGACGAUGGUGAAAGAAAUCCGCGGCACGGUGAAUGGAACUGUGAUCAAGUGCAAGUUCAACAUCGACUUACUGAACGCAGCCCAAAGCGGGAGCAGCCAGGUUACCAUCAUCACCAUCCUGCUCAGGACUGGCACCGUUAAUGGAGAUGCUGUCGGCGCCUUCAGCACCACCAGGAACAUCGGCACUGUGAACCUGACCAACAUCGCCCCAGAGACCACCACCAUGAUGCCCACUACCAUGACCUCCAUCACCACCAUGAUGCCCACUACCAUGACCUCCAGCACCACCAUGAUGCCCACUACCAUGACCUCCCCCACGACCGACGGCGGUGGAGCCGUCCGGCCUCACGCUGCGCUGCUGCUGCUGAGCGUGCUCACGCUGUCGGUGCUGAUGAGAGGAUGAACGAUAUGAAGAAGUGCCACGCUAUGUAGAAAUGUUGUGACUGCACUUCAUGUUUUAACUCUUUUCACUUGGUUUAUGCUUUAAGCUGAAACAUUACAUGUUGAUUUAGUGAUUAUGAUUACGACUUUCAGAGGACUUUAUUUAGCAUAUUACAGUUUUUACAUCGUCAACAUUUCCUCCUGAACUCCUUCUGCUUCGAUGAGUUUGAGCCGUUUCCAUGGCAACCAACAUCCUGAUUGGGGC